CCGAGAGGUCUGGUCGCAGAGCCGGGAACGCGCCACCCCAGCCGGCUCCAUCCUCCCCGGCUCGGCAGGGCAGCGAGCCUCGGGACCUCCGGACCGACCGCAGCCCCUCCGCUCCGCCCGCGGACAAGCCUGAUGAAGUCCUCCGACAUCGAUCAGGAUUUGUUUACAGACAGUUACUGCAAGGUGUGCAGUGCCCAACUGAUAUCUGAAUCCCAGCGUGUGGCCCAUUACGAGAGUCGAAAGCAUGCAAGCAAAGUCCGGCUCUAUUAUAUGCUUCAUCCCAGAGAUGGUGGAUGUCCUGCUAAGAGGCUCCGGUCAGAAAAUGGAAGUGAUGCUGAUAUGGUGGAUAAGAAUAAGUGCUGCACACUCUGUAACAUGUCCUUCACCUCUGCGGUGGUGGCUGACUCGCAUUACCAAGGCAAAAUCCAUGCCAAAAGGUUAAAACUGUUGCUAGGAGAGAAAACACCACUGAAGACCACAGCAGCACCCCUGAGCUCACUGAAGCAGCCUCAAGUGGACACUGCUCCUGUGGUCGCAUCUCCCUAUCAAAGAAGAGACUCAGACAGAUACUGUGGGCUCUGCGCAGCCUGGUUUAACAAUCCGCUGAUGGCCCAGCAGCACUAUGAUGGCAAGAAACACAAAAAGAAUGCAGCAAGAGUUGCUUUGCUAGAACAACUUGGGACAACUCUGGAUAUGGGGGAACUAAGAGGUCUGAGGCGCAAUUACAGAUGUGCCAUCUGCAGCGUGUCCUUAAACUCCAUAGAACAGUAUCAUGCCCACCUGAAAGGAUCCAAACACCAGACCAACCUGAAGAAUAAGUAGUGAAGAUGCCCUCCAGAGUUAAGACGACGCCAGCGUUUCUCUGCUGUGGAGACCUGCUCAUCAGCCACCUGACGAGGAUCCUUUCUUGAAUAAUGAAUAUUUACUACAAGGUUUCACCAAUUGACACACGACUAAUCUUGAUUUCCAAAAGUGAACAAGAUUCCUUUCUUUCUCCUUUAUUUUAAUUUUGUGGCAAGUUAUAAUAUUUGGAUAGAUUUUUAAAAGUUCUUCACUGAUAACAUAUUUAGCACAUGUUCUAAAUCAUCUGUAGCAAACAGUUGGAGCAUUAUUCAAACUUACACAGAGUGGAAACUUUUUAUUUUCUAAGUUAUUCUAGAUUUUUCUUAGUGUAUAAUUAUUCCAGGAAAUCCUUGCUGAUUGUGAUGCAAACCACCUCUAUCUAGAAAUAAACAAAACACUCUUUUAUCAUCACCGAACAUAGCCAGUGACAACUUGCACAGAACCUGAACAUGUCACCAUUUGUGGAAGAUACACACUGGACACACCAGUCCUUCACCUUCGACACAAGAACUGGCAAUGAGACAAAGCCAAGUUCAGGGAGGGUGCGGAAAGGAAGAGCCAUCCUCUCCUUCUGAUGUUGGACAGCUUCUCCAGGUCAUGGCAAGUCUGUUUGCAAGCUGCCAAAUCAUAGCUUAGGAAAAGAAUUAGUUUGCAUGAUGAUCCUCUUAGGCAAAAAAAAUGUCUUCACAGCAGUUGACUGUAGUAAAAAAAGUUUUUCCAGAAGAAUGAUAAACCUCAGAACGAGAUGGACACGUCCAUCUCAUGUUAUUGGCCUGAUUUGUGGGCUUUAAUUAGGAAGCACUAAUAAUUUGGACAGAAGUGAA